AUGCACCGCUUUUUCGACCCCGCCCUCGCACCGCUGCACGCGCGCGUCCUCGACUUCCUCACCACCGACUUCAACCACGCAUCCCUCCUCGUCACCCUGCAGCUCAACCGUCACUUCCGCCAGCUGUCUAUCGAUAGGAUCGUCCGCAUCUUCAGCCAGAAGCCAGUCAAGUCGGACCCGCCGUCAGUCUCCAAGCCGUACACGCCCGAAGUCGGUGGAGGAUUCAUCAGGAUCCGCCAGUGCGACCACCCCGACCCCGACUUUGGCCCGAGUCUCCCCAUCAACGAUCCUCGGGAGCUGUUCCGCAUCAAGCCUCGCAUGGAGGUCUCUCCGUCUCUCAACCUCUUCAUGACGUCGUUCGAUCCAAAGACCCACAUCUGCACCUUCGAAGGCGCCUUCGACUACGACUGCCUCGAGUACGCGCUCUUCGUCGAGCCGUCGACGGGAAGGGAGUGGGGCUGUCCCGACGGCGUCCCCUGCGUCUUCCAAGCCGCCUCGAACUACUGGUUCCGCCCCGCUCUGGAUGGCAAGCACAGUCAAGCCGGCUUGCAGGUCGCCGCCAGCACCGACCUCUACCCAGCGAGGACGCCUGCGAUUUGGCCGAAGGCGCCGCAGGAGCGAGGUGGCAAGCUGGAGCAGCCGGGCUUUCGCUGCUGGAACGGAUGGACGGCCGACAUUAUCACGCAUCGACUUGACGAGCCUGGCAAAGUCGGCCCAAUCGAGCGCUACUCGGACUGGCCCAAAUGCCUCCUCAUCUUCGAAAAGCUCUACGUCCCGCUCAUCGACCUCCUCGUCCCGCCGAUGACCGCGGCAGACGAUCUUCCCGUCGACUUUGGCGAAGAGCUCGACGAGGCGGAGCUUGACGCGUACAUCGACGAGGACUACGACAAUCUGAGCUGGAUCAGGCCCUCCGAGGAGCGGCGUCUCGCUCGCGAGUUUGUUGCGGUCGGCGGCAUUGUCUGA